GCGGCGUGUGUCCGCGUGUACAUCGGGCGACAGUCAAUCGUCAAUUUCCCAAUCCACCAGAUAAGGAGGUAGCAAUUUAAGUGAAUACAAGUCACAGGCAAUGUAACGUACUGAGCGCGACACACAGACACACCGAUCUGCCCGCUUCACGUUUGUCGUCUUCAGCGAUAGAGGGAGAGAGCCGUCUUAAUCGGGGUCUACUUUAAACCCCAUCCCAUAAUGAGUACGCUUGGUGUAUCGUGCACUAUCCCGUAAUUGCUCGUUUACUCAUCGCCCGGAUAACUCAUCAAAGCCUGUGAUCGAAGGCGACCUUGGUCCUCAGCGUCCUGCUUUCAUCUACCCCAUCGUUCAUCAAAUCGGCGUCUUUGUGUAUUUACCUCCUCGUCUUAGAUCCCGUUUACUUCAAGAUUCGAAAUUACGCAUUCUGGCGAUAACUGCAACGGGGCUAAAUCAUCCGACUAGCACUGGAAUUACCGCUAACCGUUGCUACCAUACCGUAACUCAACCGAUAAACGCCGCAAUCCCCAAGGAUGCUACCAAUGGCCACUAUUCCACCGGUGUCAGCUCACGUAUCUCGUAUCCAAACGGACUCCGGCUGGCCUUUCGGAAGAUGCCCCUCUAUCGGACAUGAGUUUAGUGCUUACAACUCUUUCACCUCUAACUCGACAAUGGGUGAACAGCCAUCACACUUGUAUGGGGCAUCAAAUUUACUCAUCAGCUCCGGUUAUCCCAACUCGUAUCAACAAAGUUUAGCUCAGGUGUAUCAAAACUACCAACAACAUCAGCUACAUCAGCAACUAAGCUUGGAUAGUUACCGUUUGGGUAUUGUGGCCACAGAUGACAGAGGAAAACUCUCCUUUAACUCCCCGGAUCCCACACCUACAGCAGCUAAUGGUGAAGGGACGAAAUCAGAUCCAGACCAGGAAGAACCGAAAGCUCGACUGAACCUGCUUCAGUUGGCACGAUUAUCGGCGGAAACUUGCAGUGACGCACAGUUACGGCGAGCUCCUGUCGGACUACACUGGGCAGGCGGUGAGAUACGGAAACAUGGCAACAUGGGCUGCCCAAGUCCGAAGCCCAGUGAGUUGGAGUCGGGUGGAGUGCGAUCUAAACAAGCUAGUUCACCGCGUGAUGCCGCGUGCAGGCCAUCGAAAAUGCCCCCCAACUUCGACUCUGCAUAUGCGCAUCCACAAGGGUCGUCAUCUAUUCAUGCCAACGAAAGUAGUGGAUCUAGUUUUUCACGGGAUCUACGAGACUAUUCCCUUAGUAUUCCUGGCACCGCCGAUCGGAGAAAGGGAACAAGCAGGCUCAGCCCCCAGCAAAUGAAAGAGUCUUACGAUGCACCGAAUAACCCAAGUAUACACAUAUCUUCCUUACAGCAACAGCAACAGCAACAACCUCCCUUCCGCUCCCCACUCCACCAAAACUAUCUCAACCCGAAUCAGGUGAUCUCCCAAUACGACCAACAACCACAUUCCAAAACCUUUGACGCUUUUCAAAUGGGCGUUGUAUCUCACUGCAACCCUCAUCCAGGCGCCUGUUCGGACAACCGAUGCCCACAAGGAGAGCAGCAGUUAUAUUCGGCGCUGUCAAAUAGUAAUGACAAUUUUUCGCAAUCACAUUCGCCUCCAUUCAACCCUAUAUUUCAAAAUGCCACACAAUGGAGCAGUGGGUUUGUUUAUCCCCAGUGUUUAACAUCUCAGCAGUUAGCCUCAUUCUAUGCAUCAGUCAAUCCCGCGCCAGUAGAUUCCAGAGUACGCUCUGACGUCGACUUGGCGGAUGUUGGUCAACCGUCCACGGCACCACACCACUCCGACGCAGAAGCUUCCGCUGCCUCUUAUAUACUAGCGACGCAACGCAGAGGUACCCGAUGUAGACGAGAGGAGCAUUUAGCCUUGCCAUUAUCAAAUUCCCUCAUAGCUGAACACGGAAGGAUUUUGCGGCGGCAGAAUCCUACAUGCCAAGGGAGUGGUGGCUUCACAAUAAUGGACAAACCGGACAUGGAUGUAGAUGGAGCUGUAAUUUGCUCAGCUGCCAAUUCGGUGAACCGUUCGAUGGAUGACUUCAUGUCUGUGAGCGCAGCUUACCACUCAGCAGCUGCGAUGGCUGCUGCUGCCGUGGUGGCGCAGGCGGCUGUGGCCACCGCAAGCGCCGUGGGGCAUUCGCAACACCACCACCCUUCUGCAAACCUGUUUCGUUCGAAUGUACCUCCACCGAGCCCAGCGCAAGCCAUACACUUGGAGCGGAGCCAUCCAAUGGGUAUUCUCCCUAUGCUGAACAAUGUCGCUGGUGUAUCCAACAUCACCAACUCGAAUAGCUCAAAAUCGAUGAAGAACAAGAAACUAAUUUCUACGGAAGGUCGAGAGUGUGUAAACUGCGGAGCCACAAGCACUCCCCUUUGGCGAAGAGAUGGGCAGGGAAAUUACCUGUGCAACGCAUGUGGAUUGUAUCAGAAGAUGAAUGGUCAAAACCGGCCACUAAUCAAGCCGAAGCGGCGCCUGCAAUCCUCAAGCCGUCGAACGGGCACUGUGUGCUCCAACUGCCGCACAGUGACGACCACACUAUGGCGGCGGAACACAAACGGCGAGCCAGUGUGCAACGCCUGCGGGCUCUAUUUCAAAUUACACAACAUCCAGCGUCCCAUUUCGAUGAAAAAAGACGGCAUCCAAACCAGGAACAGAAAAGUUUCACAGAAGACAAAGAAGCAUAAAUUCGGCUUUUAUUCAGAAUUUAAUGAUUUGAAUGUAGAUUAUCUGAUGAAAACGCCACUACAACGGUUCAAUGCUGCCGCUGCCGUAGCUGCCAAUCGGUUUGCUUAUGGGCAUUCGGGUCUGGUGUCGUGCUCACCACAAUCCACUUUGAUGAAUGGAGUAUACAAUUCUGGCUACCAGGGUGAAGGAUGUUUACGAAACAACUCUGCAGCACUCAUUAACUCCGGGCCAUCCGAUGGAGAUGGAGGGAUACGUGAUUCCGGACACUUGGUGGGCCCCAAUCCCUAUGGGGCCCUGAGUGAUGAAUGCACAAAGCAGCAAGCUGCUUUGUUUGCAUUAGCUCAAAGUUCUCCACCGUUUAUCGGAGACUCCUGUGGACAGACCUCUCUAAUAUCGAACAUGGCGUUUGGCGAACGUUCGGCACUGAAGUCUGCAAAGUUGGACUUUUCUAGCGAGUAUGCAACACUUUCAGGAAGCGUAAAAAACGGCUAUCAGUCUGUUGGAGAGCGAAGUUAUUCGGUAGAAGAAGGUAGCCAACUUCCUUGCUUCCACAAUCCAAACGUGAAUGGUCAUCCUACCAACACUUCUCACCAGUGGUUGGCAGAACUAAGUCGUUCGUGUCGCUUGCCGGAGUCAUCCGCAGGGGGCGACACCGGGUCAACAAGCCCAAACACGCAUGGGACCAUGUUCUACCCCAAUGUGCAAAACGCGUCUCUAACUGACGACGCUUCGCAAGCGCGCUACAGCAGUCAUUUGUGCACACAAAAAGUUCGUGUUCUGGGCUCGGAUAAUGAAGACGAGACAUUUAUCAUGGGACAGAAAGGAAGGGAAUGCUGUGCACGUUCGAGACAGUCAUCCCCAUCGAAUGACAUGAAAAAGGCUCGCUACGACGGUGGCGUGUAUGGGUACCACAUGGAUCCGAGACCUUCUCGUCUCACUAACCCUGCGGUUCUGAUGAGUGAAGUACGUAGUUGCGACAGCAACCAUAGCAGUAAUGCAGCAAGUAGCGGUACGGACACUCCAAAAUCCGUCAAUGUAUUACCUCCGACUGAUCAGAGUAGCCUCGUUUCUCUCCCAAGCGAUCCAUCAGGACAUUCUAUUCAGCAGCAGCAACAGACUACGGCAUUUAUUAUGUCGUAAACACCAAUGUAUGAUGCAAGUGGAUUCCAACCGCCUGGUUGGCGGAGGCUGUAUCCUGUGUACAUUCCCCCUUCAUCAGACAAUGGUUUGCAUGACUCAGAACAAUACCACGAUUCUGGGCCUAUGGAUGACGUCGGUCCUGAACCGGGUGUAUAUUCUCUUUGUAGAUAUCAUUCAGAAAAGUGAAACCUUAUACAUAUGAGAGAUGGAAUUGAUUUUUUAUGCGUUGUUUAAUCUUGUUUUCCUGUUUUCAAGAUGAGCCCGAAAUUUCCCCACACC